AUGAGUUCUCCUGGCGGAGAUAUAGAUGUCCUUGAAAAUGAAGUCCAAACUAUUUCUCAUGAGCCCACAUCCUACAACGAUUCCAAUGUCUACCUUAGGACCGUAAAGCGUGAAUCAGAUAUACCUACGGAAGAAUUGGCAGAUGCCUGUGGCAGCGAAGAAAUGAGAUAUCUAAAAUCAAAGCUCUUAGAGUGUUCCGAGUCUCUUGCUGCAAGAGGAAGAUUCAUGUACUGUUCCAUGGAUGGCUUAGAAACGAGUACUUGUGACGAUGAAACACAAACUAGAGGAUCAACUAUGAUUUCGAGCAAUUCUAUCGGAGAUGCAGUAGCUAACACAAAUGUAGUACAAAAGUUUGGUGAAGAUUUUUAUCCCGAAUCUGUAAUACCUACACAGUAUACUUGGUUCCAAGAGGAUGGUUUGGUGUGCAGAUAUGUCUAUGAUUUUGUAAUAUACAAUUCUCGUGGCGAACGUUUUACACCAUUGGACUACAUUGGUCGUUUCGGAUCUGAUUUGAUAAUGUUCGCAAAAGUUCGCCAUGUAGGAGUUGUCCACACUAUAUUUGAUUUGAUUGAAACAUCACAUCCUAUAAUGGAACAGUAUCAGGCUAAACGUAAGACAUACCUAGAGCAAAGUGAUGAAUUUCUAAAGGUUCCCAGAAAGCAAAGAUUGUUUCCCAUCCGUAUUAACAUUGUGGACUGGUUUAUGGAUGUCGGAGGUAAGGAAACUGAUAUUCCAUAUCUAUGGGCGAUUUCUGAGAAUGACGUAUACUACAGAUUGGAUAGGGCAUCUGGUAGAUACCUUAACGCCUUUACAUCUUCCCGCAUUUUGUUUGAUAUAACAUCUAGAUUAGUGAAGACAAUGCAGACUGAGGAGGAUGCAUCCUUCAAAGAUGCUGUUUCUUUGAUUUUCUCUGGUUCAGACAAAUUGGCAACUGCUAAACCUACAACUUCAGAUGACAAGGUUACAACUGAUAAAGAUGUCAAUGGUACAGAAUUUGAAAAAAAUACAUGGGGAGCAUCUGUUCAUGUUGAGGGAUCAGAACUUGCUGAUCUUGAUCGUAACUUGGAUAUAAUAUUCACGGAAUGUCGUUGGUAUGAUGCAUUCUUUCGUACAGAAAAGGGAGGAUUGUUCAUGAAUGAACUACUCCAGCGCCUUAAGGAUCAAUUGCCAUUUCACUAUUUUGAUAAAAAAUUAAUGACUAUGGAUUACCGUACAAAAAACUCAUUAGCAAAGGAAUUUGAAUCGCAUUUUAAAGUUGAACCUCUGCCAGAAAUCAAACAGAAACCUGCACCAAAAGUUGGAAGUAGGACUCCAAGGCAGCCUAAAUCAAGGAAGCAAGCCCAAUUUGAUAUUGAUGAAUAUAAUUCUCAGCAUUCACGCACAGAAAUAAAAAGCAAAGUAUCCGGAAGAAUUAUUCGUUGUGGUAAAUUAUUGGCUGAAUCUACAAUACCAGCUCCACAACCACGCAAACAACAGCCACAAACCGACGUACAAAAAACAGAAGAAUACCGCAGAGCCGUUGAAAUUGAAGCAAAGUGUGAUGGAUUUUUAUUACCACUGGACUUUGAUUGCUCGGGUUAUAAUACUUCCAGUGAACCUUCCGAUGAUGGUUCAACUACAACAACCCUUGUUUUGGCUAAUGACGUUGAUGUUCCUCUAACAAGCACUAGAUACUAUCCUAGGGAUCUCCCAUUGAGAUCCCUGAAGUUUUAUAGUACAGAUGAUAUCAUUGAACUUUGCGAUCUUUCUAGGCAAUUUUCUGCAAGUCCAUAUGAUUCUCUCCCAUUGCUUCCUAAACUUAGCUUGGAGCUUCUGGAAUCAUCUCUGAUAUACACUAGCAGUUUAGAUCCGUAUGCACCCCCGGAACCUUCAUCAUUUGAAUUCACAAGGCCACUUUGUAUAUGCUCUAAUCCGAGGUAUGAAUUGAUUUUAAAUGAUAAACCGGUUAACAAGUCGGAUCAGAAUUACGAAGAUGGUCUCCAGUGGUUGUAUCAUCUCAACGAUGAUCUGGUAGAUGAAAAUGAUCUGGAGUAUAUUGAAGAUUUGGAGAAUGGUGUUGUAGAUAAGUUUUUGGUUUUAUUACUAAAGUCGCUUGGUAAUGUAGUUCAUAAGAGUGGAUUUGAGGCAUUCAUACAAGAGCUACGUAAUAGCGAUGAGCUGACUGACAAAAAGAAAGAACUACAGGAAAGGGACCUACAAAUUGCCAUAACAGACGCAGAACUAGUCAAAGAUUUUAUAAAUAAUCAUGGAGGUUGUAUGUAUCGUGGUAGAUUUAAAAAAUUUACCAAUGAUCCGGAGUUUGUGUUACCGUAUAUAAAUUCUCUACGAUGGAACAAAAGGUUCAAAAAACUUUUGAGAGUUGUUUCUGUUUCUGCAAAUUAUAGGUUUAGCACGAUAAGUCAUUUCCAAACAAUGGAUACAUUUACAGUCUCUGUUUCUGUCAGACCUGGAAAUUGCCCUUUGGAAAUAUUAUAUCCUAAUGACGACUCAUUCUCGUUCAAAACUAUUUAUCCAGAAAAUGUAUUUGAGGUUCUUCCAACAUUUAAGAAAACAGUAAAUGUUUGGAGAAGGGAAAAUAAAAUAUUAAAGCAUGUAGAGCAGAAUUGUCUUGAGUCAUUAAAUAAUCGCUUGGCUAAGGAGGGGUUGAACGCGUUUUUUGCUGACAAAGUUCAAUUUCAAGACGAAUAUGUACCUGUACUUGGUUUUGGCUAUCGUGAAUCAGAAUCUCCCUAUCAAGCUGACUGGAUUUUAAAUCCAGAUAUGCUUACAGACUAUACUUGGCCGUUUUUGCUUCGUUCAUACCUAUUUUACGCCCUUUAUAGUUGUAAAUACAACUUUUGUUACAAGCUAAAUUCGUCUGUCUGGGGUGAUCCGAGUGCUAGUGAACUUAAAUUCACAAAAACUGAUGAUGAAACAAGAGAAAAUGGGCUUGAAGAUUCUUUAAGGAACGAUGAUGAGAAUAUUAAUAGUUCAGUAUUAAAUAAUAGUGAUGACGAGGACGAAGCCGAUGAUGUAGAAGACGGAGAUGAAGGUGAUGACGAGGAAGAAGAAAAAACCGAGAGAAGCACAAGGAGAGGUUGGGGAAUUAACCGUUAUUGUCCUUACUAUGAUUUUUCUUUAGAGUGGUAUCCGGAUUCGGAGAGAAUGAAGAGGAUCUUUCAGGGUAGAGUAUCGGAGGAAUCUGUAAAAACGAUCUUUAAUAAGCUCCGCUCUUUAUCGUACUAUGAGCUGGAUGUACGUGAGAGGCUAUCUUUGUUAGUUUGGCUUGGUGAAAUUUUAGCCUAUGGACCAACUGGAAGAGCCUUUAUUGAUUCAAGGAAUGAGGAUUUCUUCCAACUUAGAAGCCAAAUUUCCAAAAAUGAGACUUUUGCUUCCACCGAAAAUUCUGGGUCAGACUUAAAAAAACCUGUGAAACGUCAAAGAGGUAUUGGGCGUGAGAUAGCAGAAUUAGAGGAAAGAUAUUUGCAAAAGGGUACAUUCCUUGGAUGGGAUAGAUUCUACAAUAGUUAUUACUAUCUCGGUUCUGAUUUUGGUCCAAGAAUUUUCGUACAGACACUCCCAAAUACCAAGUUCAAUCAAACUCGUUGCGCUCAAAGAGCAAAAACUUUAAGAUUACCAUCUUUUGGAUCUGAACAAUUUAGUUUUGAUCUAAAUGAAUUUGCUCUUAAGUUUAGUCAGGAUCGUCUUUUCCCUACAGAAGCUCGUCCAAAGCGUGGUAGAGUGAAAAAGGUGAAAACAGAGACUCAGGAAGAAACAGAAGUCCAGCCGGCUGUAGACCUACCAUCAAUUGCUACAGAGGUUGCUGCAGAUGCCACCGAAGGUGUAAAGACAUCUGAGGAAAAGGUACAGGGCAAUUUAGUUCAAACUGUUAUAAAAAGAAAGAGGGUGACUAAAAGAAGGACAAAAAUGCUAAAACCUCGUUUGAGAAGGUCGAGAGAGGUAUUUGAUCGACAACCUACAAGCUUUAACAGCGUUUCCGAAUAUUUCCAUUAUUUGCGCACGAUCCCACCCAGACUAACUUGGUGUGUUAUUGACGACAUCAAGCAACUAAAACGAUUUAUUCCACGCAUGUCACAAUUUACUACAAAUGAAAGGAAUCUUCAGGUAAAACUUCAGUAUGUUGAGAGUGAGUUUUCAAGGGUAAAGUAUGAACAGUAUAUAUACAAGGCACCAUCACCUCACGGAGAAUUGUUGUUAAGCCUAACUAGAGGUGUUUACAGAUAUUAUAAAAACUUCUUUUCCAAAAUCACACUUUCUCAUUUUCAAUCUUUUGAGUCGAACUUGUCUGAGGGUUAUUCAAGUGGUUUGAAGAUUAAUUCCUUUGUUAACUCUACGAUUAAAAAGAUAACUAAAUUGCUUUGUGGAGAUACACACAAGUGUAAAUCCGCGUUAAUGCUUCUCCUGGAGAUUCUCCUUCUCUUUGAUCACACAAUGAAGGUAUUCCUAAACCAUGAAUACUGGAAUAUACACCGCAUUGAAUGGAAGAAAGAAAUUGAACUGGUAUAUGGAUCUUUAGCUUCUUACAAAGGGAAAGAAGAUGGCUCAGCUUGUUUAUGCAGUGCUAAGCCUAACGAUGACGUUAUACACAAUAUGACUUUGAAUAGGGAUACCAUAAUAUUGGGAAAACUUUUGUAUAGGGCUGCUGAAAAAGUGGGACUAUUGUUUAGAUAUUUCGAAGUAUUCUCCGGUGACUUGUCUAUACCCAUCAAGUACCUUCUUCCAAUGAACACCAUAAAUUUUGAUGGUGUAGUGUCCGAGCAUAAGAUUUUUAACUUUAUUUCUGAUGCAAACUAUGGUAAGACAUUGGUGUACUUCCCAGCUGGAGCACUAGAAGCUCAUAACAAGCUCAAAGACUUUCUAUCAAACUACACUAAAUUUGAAAACACUCAAGAUAUUCUAUACCUUACAGAUCGCAUGAAAUCGUUUAUAGACUUGGCUCCAGCGGAAACACUUGAAGUUAAAAUUAAAUUCAUGAAGAUUUUCAAGGUUACCCAGACGAUUUCACCAUCGCAAGUUGCAGUGGAUGACUCAAAGAUGGAUACUAAUGUGGAUGAUAAAACAAACGAAAAUAUUGAUGAAAAUGCUAGUAAUGACCCUAGUGAAUCUACUGGUGAAAAUAACACAGAGAUUCCUGAAAAUAAUGAGAAUGUGGAACAAACCCCGAAUCCCAAUGGUACAGAUGUUAGCACGUCCGAGGGUAUGGAUAAAACAAAGGAGAUGGAGCCUGAACCUGUACAGAACAUUGAGAAUGCAGAAUACGAUCAGAUAGACUAUUGGUUUAUAGAAGUGAUUUGUGAAAGCAUUCCAUAUGAUGCUGAGGACGAUACAGAGUGUACGAGCCAAGAGGAGUUGGAUGAAGGAGAUGGAACACUUAUACCAAACCUACGCAAAAUAUGCAGAAAUUUGUCAAGACUCGAAAAAACACGUGCAACACGUAAGACAACAGAAGAAGCGGUUUUUGUACCUAGAGGUUCUGGAGCUUCUCCAUCUAAAACAUUCGCAAUUUUAGUUCCUAUACUAAAUAUUGUGAAAACUUCAAUUGUUAUUGACCCGAAAAUAGAGGAAUUUUUAGUACCUCACACACUGGUUAACAAAUCGUUACAACACAUAUGGAGGCAACCUAUGCGUUGCAAACAACAGGCCACACAACAAAACGGAACAAUUAGGCGGGCGAAUUAUGCAUCUGCCGAUAUUUGGCGUUGUCUUGCAAUAGAAUGGCACGAUAACAGAAAAGAACAACAGUUACAUAACCUGUGGGAUAUCACCUCCUAA